CGGGGGCGCUUCAGAAGGACCGCGAGCAGGAGAAGCAGGAACAGAAGGCGGAAGCGAUGACCCCAAGAGCAAAGCUGCGCAGGCUGCUAUGGCUCGGUUUCAAAGAGAUCAAGGGUCAGGGACCGACCUCUCCAAGAAGCUGCGAGCGCAAAAGGGCAUGACGCGCGAUGCGCUACUCAAAGAAGAAAGUGAGCGGGAAAGAGCGCGAAGGGCGGCUGAUCAAGCGGCGGAGGCGAGGAGUUAUAAUUAAGGCGGUUCUUUGACGAUGCUCGACUGAUUUCGCGGAAGGGAUAGUUGGUUGGGAGUAUGGAUCACUGAUUUGGAAGUGGGUGGUGCUUGUAGUGGUUAACGAUGGCUCACGAGGGGCAUAUUGAUGUUACUAACUGAAUGGCUUUGUUUUUCUGUGCCCAUGAACUCGUCUGUAUUUACUCUUUUUGGGGCCGUUGCCCCAAGCAUGAACAGCACACAUUUUCCCCC